AUGGAGGACCAGGAAGCAGCCACUGUCACUCGUGCCUUCUACUCGGGUUGGAUCGCCCGUUUCGGAACACCACUCAAGAUUACCACCGACCAAAGCCGUCAGUUUGAAUCUAGUUUGUUUGAGCAUUUAUGUGUACUGGCCGGCGCGACCCAUCUCAGAACAACGGCAUAUCGUCCUCAGGCUAACGAAAUGGUGGAACGCUUCCACCGACAAUUAAAGGCGGCGAUCAAAUGUUAUGACAACGCUAGGUGGACGGAGACACUUCCAACUGUUCUCCUGGAUAUACGAACGGCUUGGCGAGAGGAUUUGGAGUCGUCGGCAGAGAUGGCGGACUACUGUAGACAGCUACGAAGUUGUUUCGAAAAUCUAAGGCCAGCGGCCAUCAUAUCGCACGGGAAAAGAAAGCUUUUUGUAUACAAAGACCUACUAACAGCGGAACACGUAUUCGUUCGACACGACGCUCCAAAGAAAUUAUUACAGGAUUCGUAUGAUGGUCCGUUCAAAGUUAUAAGACGUGGUGAAAAAACUUCCGUGAUGGACAUCAACGGCCGACAUGUCAAGGUCAGCAUAGACAGGUUAAAACCAACGUAUGAGUUAAACGUCGACAUGGAUUUUUCAGUACAAAUUCAACCACAACCAUUGAUAUUUGUCCCAAGGACUCAGACACAACAACGAUCACCUGUACUACCACCACCACACAGCGUUCAAGAGGAAUUAUUAACCAUAACGCUAUCAACAUCACCACCGUCACCAUACACAUCGUCGGAAAAAAUAAAUUCAAAUGUAAUACCAAUAGUCCAAGGAACGACGACUCGAUCUGGCCGAAGAGUUCGGUUCGGCGAUAGGUUUCAAGCGGGAGGUUCAUAA